CCGCUCACCGCAGUCGGCUCGGCGCGCCACCGAGCGAACACAUCGCGAAUUCACGUUCGUGCGCUCCGCGAUCAUUAAAACCUACUCAAAAAAAAGUUAUUGUUGAAUCCUGGCCGUUUUUAUGCAACUAGGAUUUUUAAUCUAUGCAUUUGACGUUUUGCUUUCAAAGUCAUAAGUUGAAGUACCUUUAUUCGUGUUUUGCAUAUUUUGUGUUGUAUACAUUAUGGUGGACGUAGAAUGGACUAAUGAUUUAAUUAUAAAAUUAAUGACAGAGUAUAGAAAGAGACCGGAACUUUGGGAUAGCCACCACGAGUUUUACCGAGUGAACACAGCUAAAUACGAAGCAUGGUCGGAGCUGGCGAAUAUCUUUGAAUGCGAUAUCGCCGACUUGAGGAAGAAAAUGAAUUCAAUAUUCGCUUCGCAUCGUCGCGAGAAGGCGAAAGUGCGUUGUGGGGGACGAUCGACUUGGUUCCUUUACCCGCAUAUGAAUUUUUUACCUACACAUAUAGAAAACGAUGAAACAAGUCCGGCGAGUGAACGACGUAGACGAAUUUUGAAAAUACCAGUAGAAGAAACAGAUGAUUAUUCAAACAUCGACAACACAGAUAUCGACGAUAAUUACGAACCGGAAACACAAGAGGAAAUAAUCAUUAAAACAGAACCGAUAGCAGAAUAUACAAAAGUGAAAGCAAAACAUGAAUCAAAACAUACGACACGGAAACCGAGAUUGAAAAAAGUUUUAAAACGUAGAAUAAUUAAAAAUCAUAAUGACGAAGAUAAAAAUAGACUAAUAGAAACUAUACGAUUGUUAAGAAGAUCAGAUUUAUUGAAGAAGAAGGAUGAAUGUGACAGUUUUGGAGAAUACAUCGCUGAUUCAUUAAGAAAACAUGAUGAGAGAACACAAUCAAUGAUUAAACAAGCUAUAAAUAAUAUAUUAUUCGAACAAGAAAUGAAGAAAUAUAGUACAAAUCAAUAUACGGUAGUAAUACCUGGUAUUGAUGAAAAUCCACUUAUUUUAACAGAAGAGAACGGUGUAAAGUAAAUAAAUGCAUAAUUUACAGAG